AUGGCGCCCAACAGACCGUUCGCCAACUAUCCCGGAGCCAAAGCUGUCAAGCUCAGCGCCACCCCGGCAGACGCUGCUGAGGACGACAAGAACCCCAUCCUCAAUGGACUCCCACUCGUCGCCGCGGCGAGCCUGGUCAACAACGUCCCCACGCUGCAGAGGUUCUUCUGGAACAACGCAAAGUUCGGCGUCACGCGCGACAUGCCUGAGCUUGGCGACUAUGAUUACCGCCUUCACCCAGAUGUUGUCCCCCUGCCGAUCAGAGGCGAAGAAAACACCGAGCUCGACCUCGACUUUGGCCUCGACCUCAAGACCCCGGCCCCCGAGUCCAAGGGCCGUUACCUCUCGAGCGUCGACUAUCAGACCCGCUACCGCGACGGCACCCUCACGCCCCUCGACGUCGUCUCGGCCCUGCUGCCGCUGACGCGCCGCAACCAGACGCCGGAGAACAAAUACCAGAACGCCUGGGUCGACAGCUACGACAACGAGUGGCGCGCCCGCGAGGCGGCCGAGGCGUCGACGAAGCGCUGGGCUGAGGGUAAGCCCCUCGGCCCGCUCGACGGCGUGCCCGUGUCGGUCAAGGACGACGUUGACGUCGAGGGCUACGUGUCGCACAUGGGGCUGCGGUACUACCCGAAGCUGCCCUUCUUCGCGGCGGCCAAGGAGACGGCCGGGCCGAUCCGGGCGCUCGAGGAGGCCGGCGCCAUCGUCGUGGCCAAGAACGCCAUGCACGAGCUCGGUUCCGACACGUCGGGCUGCAACCCGACCUGGGGCACGCCCACCAACUUCCACAACCCGGCCUACUACCCGGGCGGCUCGUCGUCGGGCGGCGGCUCGGCCCUGGGCGCCGGCCUCGUGCCCAUUGCCAUCGGCACCGACGCCGGCGGCAGCAUCCGCGUGCCGGCCUCCGCCAACGGCGUCUACGGCCUCAAGCCCACGCACCACCGCACCAUGACCAUGCGCCACUCGUGCUGCGUCAUGGGACCCCUCGCCGCCACCGUCACCGACCUGACGCUCGCCUACCGCGUCAUGGCCCGCCCGCGCUCCGACGACCCGGGUCAGGCUCAGCUCGCGCCAUCGCUGCCGCCGCCGCCAGCCACCCACAAAAAGGUCAUCGCCGUCGACAAGGCGUGGUGGGCGCGCGCCGACCCGGCCGUGCGCGCCGCCUGCGACGACGCCCUCGCGCACUACAAAGCGCAGGGCUACGCCGUGCUCGACACGGCGCUGCCGCACCUGCGCGCCGCCCAGCUCGUGCACUCGCUGCUCUGCAUCGCCGAGAUGCACGCCGACGUCAGCGCCCGGCUGCCCGAGUACCGCUCCGUCAUCAACGCGCCGAACCGCCUGCUGCUGUCCAUCGCCUCGCAGACCCCGGCCGCCGACUACCUCGGCGCCGGCCGCCUGCGCCAGCUCAUCAUGCAGCACCUCGCCUCGCUGUUCGAGGCCCACCCGGGCCUGCUGCUCGUCACCCCGACAUCGCCGCUCAACGGCUGGCGCCGCGGCGCCGGCGACGACGCCCGCGGCAUGAGCGAUGCCAACAAGACCAUUGCCGCCAUGUCGUACGUCUUCCUCGCCAACCUCACCGGCUGUCCCGCCGUGACCGUGCCUGUGGGCUACGCCGCGCCCGCCGAGGGCGAGGGUGAGGGCGGCAGGCUGCCCGUCGGACUCAUGGCGCUCGGUGAGUGGGGUGCCGAGGAGCAGCUGCUCGCGUGGGCGGGCGAGAGCGAGCGAUACCUCAGCGACAAGGUCGAGGGCGGCAGGGUGCGGCCCGAGGCGUGGGUGGACGUGCUGAAGCUGGCCAAGGAGGCCAAGGCCAAGGGGAAACAGAGUGUGUGA